GCGCCAUUUCAGACGAACUGACUUUUUUUUUCUAUAGACAAAGAAAAUGACAACCGAGUAUAAAUAGUGUUUCAAUUUUCCAUUUGGAAUUGGGUGAAAAACUUUCAUCAGUCGAAUUCAGUCGCUGUUACAAGUGUUGUAUUAGAGACUCGUAUAACAUAUGAAAAGCACUGCAGUAUUCCAAAAAUUGAGUCGUUAUGUUCGUCUCUCAACAGUAGGAAAGCAAACAACAACAACGACUGACAGUUUGAGAAGAGGGUUUGCCUCCCUGUCUCCAAGUGACUCUCCUGUACCUUUAUCCAAACCUGAAGGGUCUUUAGAAUACGUAGUUUCCAAGUUAGAUGACCUCUGUAAUUGGGCUAGAAGCAAUUCUUUGUGGCCAAUGACUUUUGGUUUGGCUUGUUGUGCUGUAGAGAUGAUGCACGCUGCUGCUCCAAGAUACGACUUGGACCGCAUGGGUAUAGUUUUUCGUCCGUCACCAAGACAAAGCGACGUUAUGAUAGUAGCUGGAACACUUACCAACAAAAUGGCACCAGCCUUGCGUAAAGUAUAUGACCAAAUGCCAGAACCUCGUUGGGUAGUUUCCAUGGGUAGUUGUGCCAAUGGUGGUGGUUAUUAUCAUUAUUCUUAUUCAGUAGUUCGUGGUUGUGACCGCAUUGUACCUGUAGAUAUUUAUGUACCUGGUUGUCCCCCAACUGCAGAAGCAUUGGUAUAUGGGUUGUUGCAGUUGCAGAAGAAAAUCAAGAGACAGAAUACUCUCUUAGCAUGGAUGAAAAAGUAAAGUCAAUAAAGCUGAGGUUGCAUGUUUGAAGAUA